GUCUCUCAUAUCGUUUCUUUUUAACGCCUGUUGUGAUUGGGUGGAUCAAGUGUCAAUCAAAGCGUUGGUUACGUCCCCUUUCUGGACAUGUAACCACAGAGGGAAAAGCUGCAACAGGGUAUAAACAUAGGGGCAAAGUGUUAGAAAUCGUUUUUACUAUAUCAGUUAUUUAAUCUGAUUUUUUUUUUUAAUCGUACAUUUUAAAGCAGACCAGUUUUUCCUGCUUUUUCGACAUAUUUUUUUCCCUGUUUGGUGCGGACGUGUGGGGAUGGAUGAGAUGCGGCCUAGCAGCGGAGCAGGAGCGCACCUCGGCCUCGCUUCGAUCUUUCCCCCGGGAUUGCAGGCCAUUUAUGGGCAAUGCAGGCGUCUGUAUCCCGAUCAGGCGAACCCGCUGCAAGUCACAGCCAUUGUGAAGUAUUGGUUGGGGGGUCCAGAUCCUCUGGACUACAUUAGUAUGUACAGAAACUUGGGAUGUCCUGGACAAGAUGUACCAGAACACUGGCACUAUGUUAGCCUGGGUCUAAGUGACUUGUAUGGGGACAACAGAGUUCAUGAAUUCACAGGUCAAGAGGGCCCAAGUGGUUUUGGUUUUGAGCUCACAUUUCGCUUGAAGAGAGAAGUAGGAGAGACGGCACCCCCUACCUGGCCAGCUGAGCUCAUGCAAGGCUUGGCUCGAUACGUGUUUCAAUCAGAAAACACAUUCUGUAGCGGCGAUCACAUUUCGUGGCACAGUCCGUUGGACAACAGUGAGUCUAGAAUCCAGCAUAUGCUACUCACAGAGGACCCUCAGAUGCAGCCGGUGCAGACCCCCUUUGGUCACGUCAGCUUCCUUCAGAUUGUGGGUGUUUGCACUGAGGAGCUGCAGGCAGCGCAGCAGUGGAACGGUCAAGGCAUUCUGGACCUGCUGAGAGAAGUGCACAUAGCUGGGGGUCCAUGGUUAAUCACUGACAUGAGAAGAGGGGAAACUAUAUUUGAAAUUGAUCCACACUUGCAAGAACGAGUGGAUAAGGGCAUAGAGACGGACGGCUCUAACCUGAGUGGGGUCAGUGCCAAGUGCGCCUGGGAUGACUUGAGCCGACCUCCCGAGGAUGAGGACGACAGCAGGAGCAUUUGCAUUGGGUCACAGCCACGCAGGCUGUCCGACAAAGACACUGAACAGAUUAGAGAAGCCCUGAGGAAAGGACUGGAGAUUAACAGCAAGUCUGUCCUGCCUCCCAUCAGCAGUCAGAGGCACAGUCAUGACCGGCCACAACAAUCAGUUGGACAUUUCCAGACCCAGCAGAUAUCAAGGAGCCGUAAGGACAGUCUAGAGAGCGAGAGUUCAGCUGCUAUUGUCCCUCAUGAGUUGGUGCGAACACGACAGCUGGAAAGCGUGCAUCUGAAGUUCAACCAGGAGUCUGGGACUCUUCUCCCGCUGUGCCUCAGAGGUCGUCUGCUUCAUGGCCGGCAUUUCACAUAUAAAAGCAUUAAUGGAGACACGGCAAUCACCUUCGUAUCCACUGGGGUAGAAGGGGCCUUUGCCACUGAAGAGCAUCCAUAUGCUGCUCAUGGACCAUGGUUACAGAUAUUGCUUACUGAAGAGUUUGUAGAGCAAAUGCUUGCUGAUGUUCGGGAUUUGAGCACCCGUGAAAUGUCUAAGCUGCCGAAGGAGUACAGCUGGCCCGAUAAGAAGCUAAAGAUCUCUGUCCUGCCAGACACAGUGUUUGACAGCCCACUGCAAUAAGACUAGGAGCACACUGUCCCUGAUUACAAACCCACAUCUACAGAAAGGAGCUCAACUCUUCUUGCCAGGAUAAUGUGCCUACAGAUGGUUGAAGGAAACAGACAUUCAGACACUAACCCCUUUUCCAAGCGAGUUUCGUAGAUGAUUGCACAAGUCACAGAAUUAUUUUUUACAUGUACAGCAUUUUGUAUUGUCCGUUAUACCACUUGUCUUAGCAUAGGGUUGUGCAAAAAAUAAAAUGCGAUUUUCAUGCACAUCUCCUCAGUAAAGGCGCUCCUGUAAUUAGUAGUGUAUCUCCAGCACUGCGUUCAGGUCAGGGUUUUCACAAAAAAUCCGCCCAGUUUCUUCUCAAAACUAGUCCAAUCUCGUUUCCGGGAGGUUCCCCGAUAAAGAUUGCGUCCCGGUCUUAAAAUACAAGUUUUUUGUCAGGGUUGCCUUGAUAAAAUGUGCAUUUUAGGGGCUAAAUAUCACUUUAUUGGGAUUGGGGUCACUUUGAGCAGCAGACAUGGAAAAACAACCGCGGACUUGGCAACACUGGUUCAGGUGGAGCGGCAUUUACUACACAGAGCCGUAGUUCACGUACAAGCAAGAAUCGCCUUCGAUUUUGAAAUCGAUUUUGUGUAGAUUGUCAGUGAACUACGGCUCUGUGUGUAGUAAAUGCUAACCAAUGUUGCCAAAUCUGCAGUUGUUUUUCAUGUCCGCGGGUCGAAGCGACCCCAAUCCCAAUAACGUGAUAUUUAGCCCCUAAAAUGCAAAUUUUACCAAGGUAGCCCUGCCAAAAACUUGUAUUUUUAUCGCCCGGAAGGAAACGCGAUUGGACUAGUUUUGAGAAGCAAUUUGGCAGGUUUUGUUUUGAAAACCUGGCAAUCUUGAUCUGAAAGCACACGUGCUGGAGAUAUACUACUAAUCACAGGAGAGCCUUUACUGAGGAGAUGCGCGUGAAGAUCGCAUUCGAUUUUUUGCACAGCCCUAUCUUAGCAUUGGUCUGCCUAUUCACUCUUAAAGGGUUAGUUCAUCCAAAAAUUAUGUCAAUAAUGACUCACCCUUAUGUCGUUCCAAACCCGUAAGACCUCCGAUCAUCUUCGGAACACAGUUCAAGAAAUUCUUAGAUUUAGUCCUAGAGCUUUCUGUCCCUCCAUUGAAAAUCUAUGUACAGUAUACUGUCCAUGUCCAGAAAGGUAUUAAAAACAUCAUCAAAGUAGUCCAUGUGACAUCAGAGGGUGAGUUAUAAUUUGUUGAAGCAUGGUCUAAAAAUUAAAAAAAAUUACCAAUUUAUUCAGCAUUUUCUUCUCAUCCGGGUCUGUUGUGAUUGCGUUCACGACACUACUGACGUCUUUUCUGGUGCGCCCAAUAACACGUCAGCAGCGUCAUACAUCUGCAGUGUUGUGAACGCACUCACAACAGACCCGGAAGAGAAGACAAUGCUGAUAAUGUUUUAAUUACCUUUCUGGACAUGGACAGUAUAACGUACACACAGUUUCAAUGGAGGGACUGAGAGCCCUUGGACUAAAUCUAAAAUAUCUUAAACUGUGUUCCGAAGAUGAACGGAGGUCUUACUGGUUUGGAACGACAUGAGGGUGAGUCAUUAAUGACAUAAUUUUCAUUUUUGGAUGAACUAACCCUUUAAGAAAAAAAAUGGUGAUUGAUGUUUUUUUCUGGUGUUUGAAAACAAAAAAACAUAUUUCUUGUUAAACAUUUAGCAACACAAGACAAUGUGCAAGCACCGGUGCCUUAAUUCACCUUAGAAUGGACUGAAGUUACAUUUUAAAAGAACAUUUGCUUUUCUAAAUCCUGCUUGUAAUGUGAAGAAAGGCAUACAAAGAAUGCUUUUUAAGCAUGUUUGUACAAAAAAAAAAAUCUGGUUUUACUAAAUUGCAUAUAUAUAUUACAGCUGUGCCUAUUUAAGGUUGAUGAUAUUUCAUAAGUGCUUACUUUAGUUUAGUCAAACAAUAGGUGGUUAGUCAGUUCACCUUCACAAUACCAAAGCCUGUACAGAAUGGGUGUUUUCUAACCUCAUGUCAAAUGGAAAGUUGAAAAGCACAAAAUAGUUCCCAGAUCUUUCUUUUAUUUUUGUUAACUAUUUUACUUGUAUUGAACUUCAUAUCAUUUGACACUAUGAUUACAUUUCAUGCCUCUUUAUAGCGAAGCAAAAUAACUGGUUCAUGGACCGCAAUCUAUUUUCUAGAAUGUGCAUUUGUUGUUUUUGGGGUGUGUGCACAAUAAUAUAGGUCAAAGUUUAAAGAAGACCCUGUAUUAGUGCUUUUAAAAAGAUGAAUUUAAUUAGUGUACUGGCAUUUUUUCAUAUUCUGGAGAAUCACUACACUGCCUGUGGUUUUAUUACCCUUAAGUGCAUUAAAGUUAUUUACAUAAA